GUACUUUUAAUUAUAUUAUAACAUAAUUUCAGUAAAGAAAAUUUGAAGGUAUAAUUAUACAAAAAAUACAUGGAAUGUCGUUAACGAUACAAGUAUUUCGAUCGAUCGAUACUAGUCAAUUCGCGAAACAGGAAAAUUUGAAAUGUCCGACAAGUCCGAAGUAAAUCGUUUUAACAUUUCCCUGUAAACAAUAACCUACAAAACACUAAUUUAUAUAGAAUUAGUAAGUAAUGUAAAACCUAAUAACGUGAAAUAAGGCGUGUAAUGCUGAAACUUUCGACUUAUUUAUAUAUCUUAAUUGUUAUCCUUUUAUUAGUCGCUUCUAACGCCAGGAAAAACAAACAUAACUUUAUCAACAUAUCUUCAUAUUAUCAGCCUUGCGAAGGGUUAAAUAAUUUACAAGACUCUACUGUAAAUUUUACGCACGUGUGUCAAGGAUUAAUGACUACUUUAAACGAAACAUAUGAUUCUUAUAUAAAAUCAGAAAAUAAUUUGAAAAAUGUAGUGAGAUAUUUAGGCAAAUUACAAAAAUAUCAGGAAAGUAAAGUAAACACAACGUACAUCGAAAAUGAUUCGAUUCCAAGUUUUUCAACAAUAUACUGUUACGCAGAUACUUGUAACAUGAAAUCAACUUUCGCAUUUAAUAAUCUAUCGCUAAGAGUAGAAGAAAAGAAAUGGAAUUUAUUCGGUUACAAGUGGAAACGAAGAAGUCUGUGCGCGGUUCACGACGAUAAAAAACAUUCUCCGUCAACACCGUCUAAUGUCCUCCAUGUUGCUAAAAGGAAGACGCUAAUGGAUUACGACGCACCAGUUUUACUGGACGACAUCGAGGACUCGAAUUCUCUAAAAACGCACGUAAGAGUGAAAAGAAGCAAAUCUGACUGGAGUCCACUGUCAUCGUCAGCAUAUCAACAAGAGUAUUUAAGAGACCUUGCAAAUUCUUUUCCUCGGAACACUUACGAAUCGGUGGACGAAAAUUCCUACGACGACGACACCUCAUUUGACGCGAAACGAGAAAUCAAGUCUGAACAGUUUUCUGUACCUACGGACAAAGAUGGGCCAACGAAAGUUAUCGAUACACUGGCGUCUGACGAGAAGGAUAAUUCAAUAGUGUUACCAUCUGAUGUUAACAAAGUAAAAGUUUCGGUAGACAACGGUGAAACGGGUAAUAGAGAGAUUGCAGAAGAAUCAGAUUCGUUUACAAAUCGACGAAAUGACGAAAAUAUGGAAAUUGAUCUACCGGAUCCUAUGAUGGCGGUCGAUUUAGUGAGAAAGAAACGGAACAAUGUGAUGGAAAGGUCCGAGUCUCAAAAUUCGAAUGAAAAUGAAAAUCGAAGGUUGUCGAGUUUAGUUGCCGCCAAUUUGAAGGCACACUUACUGCGAGUGAGGAGAAGGGCAAAGAACAAUCACGAUAGUUCAAAGACGAAGAAGAAGAAGAAGCAUGCGGGAAAGAAACAGGGUAAAAAUUCACGACGGUCGUUAGGGAACGAACGUACGAAGAAUGCGAAUAAAUUGAGAACACCUCGCGAGAGAAAACCGAAUGCAGCAAAAAGCGAGGGUAAAUCAAAUGUAGGGAUUACUAAGGUAGUUUCUAAGGAAAAUAAUGAGAACAAUUUUCAUCGUAGAUUCGUAGAAUCGAAAGACUCGGUCGAUAAUUCUAAAAACGAUCGUUCCUCAAAGCAUCUCGUACUGGAAAAUAAUGCCGAUAAUUCUGAACCUUCAUCGGCGAUAAUGGUAACUGGAAAUGAUGAUGACAUGACGAAAUCGGAAGACAACGGAGAUACAUCAUUAACGCAGAAUAAGAAGGAACAAACCUUUCUGGAAAUGGCAAAAUUACGCGAGAAAAGAAACAAGAAUACGGAAGGGGGGCAUGGAUUUUUGAAUAAAGAAGACGAGUUAAAGUAUUAUGAGAAUAUUCGAGAACCUGAAACGGAGCGUCGAUGCAAUGCUCGGAAUAAAAUACAGCGUUCGGUGAUGGUCGAAGGGGAAGGUAGAGCAGUUAGAUCCAUCGAGGAAGUUAAAGAACUUGCCAAGAAAUUGGUUACAAAGGUGAAUGAACUGCAAAAUUUUAUAAACGCCGGAGAUCCAAAAGCUAACGACAGAAAAGAGAAGACAGUCGAGACAAGAGCGAUCGACGAUCUCUGUUCGAACGCUAGUACAGAUUACGACGUUUUCAAUGAACCGCCUCAAAUUGUUCAGAAAUGCGUACCAAUGGGUGAUAAAUAUUCGUCGAACCCCGCAAAAAUUAUAGUCGAAAGGAAAAUAGGUUCUUCGAAAAUUGCGAAAGAAAAUAAAAAUAGUGGAGAGAAAGGACGUUCUACGAUAGAGAAGAAACGAUCAAUCGUUAGACGAAUACCGAAGACGCCGUCGAGUACUUCAAAAACGGUUCGUAGGGAAAAUGCAAAACCACGUCGUAAGUGGGGCAGGUGGACUGAUUGGAGCAGCUGUAGUGUCACCUGCGGUAAAGGUCGACAAAUUCGAUGGCGAUACUGUUUACGUGACUGCAACUCCGCGGAAACUGAAAUGGAAGAGAAAGCUUGCCAAUUACCGGCUUGUCCCCCUGGAAAAUUUCUUGGCAUAUUCUAAUAACGAGAAGCGUUACUUUAAUCAUAUUUUUAGCGUAUACUUACAUUGUAAUCUUUUUAGGUAAGCUUUGUAUUAUCAUACUGUGUAAGAAAAGUAAAACAUGAUUAAAUGAAAAAUUUCGAAGUGCAUGUUUUGAUGAAAGGAUAUAAGUACAGUGAAGUCCUGCUAUAUGAGUAUGAGGUUGCUCAUACUAUUGAUAAUAGUGUAAUGAAUUUUAAUCGAAAAAAUUUAUACUAAUUAACCAUAUAGCGAGAGUGCACUGUACAAUAGAGGUUGGUUUAAAAUCUCUGUGAAGGAGAACAAGAGUUAAAUGCAAUUAUGUAACAAAUCGCAUGGUGUAUAUUUUUUUUGUUCGUCUCAUUACCAAACACACAAUAUAUUAUACAGAAUAUUUUAAACAAAACUUCAUUUCUUUUCUUCUUUGAACGUAUUCACAAGUAACGAGUAUUCGUUGCUUACAGAAAGUUGCUGUAGCCCAAUGAUCACGUUAUUCAACGAACAGUUUAACUAAGACAUGAUAAUUCGCCCUUUCUUUUUUUUAUGUCGCGAAAUAUUCAGCGAUCACGACUCACUAAUGUUAUAGAAAUAUUUUGCGAUAUCACGGUAGUGGUAUUCGGUAACGGUCCUUCUUUUUUUCUUUUUUCGCGAAUGUACAAUUUAGCGGAUCACUUUUGCUUUACUUCUGUCUACGUAUCCGCUUUGUAUCCCUAUAUUUGUAAAAUCUCAUAUAAUACACAUCAUUUAUCCAACAGCAUUCUCAGUUUCGUUCGUCCUGUUGCUUACAAAUUAGUUUUAUUGUAUCGAUCGUACAAACGUGAUGUCUCUCGUGCGUUUCUUUUAAAUUUAGAUACAAAGUCACCGAAAAUUGAUCUAAAUACAAGAGUCGCGGUGUAAUAAAUUCAAAUUCGUAUCAAUUUAACUCGGUGGCUCAGCAAAAAGUUCGUGCUUACAACUAUUAACGUGUACAGUAGUAUAUCUACAAAAAACAAUACACAUUUGUUCUUGUGAUUGCGUGUAGACAGAAAACACAGUGACAUCGCACGAUCGUGAACGUUUUCGACAUCGUGCGAUGUAUAAGCCUUUUUUACCGUUUUCAACUGAUAAUUUCCAUGUUGUGUUUUUUCUUCUUUCUUUUCCGUUUAACGUAAAGACAUUCAUCGAUGUCGCGCGCAUGAGUUCAUAACCAGUCACAGCACAAAAACUUGAGUCGUACGAAGUAUAAAGUUAAAAAAGUGAAACGUACGAGGAGGGGACGACAAUGGUAAUACUUCGAUAAAAAAAUAACAAUCAUUGGCUUUACUAGGUAGGGAUCAGGGUGACGCCAAUGAUUGUCAAAUCCUUAAAAUUCCCAAAUUUAUACAAUAUUGAAUUUACAAAUUUCCUGAGGUUCAAAAUUCCAAAUACCUAAAUCUCUAAAUUUCGAAUUCCUAGUAACGCCAAUAAUAACAAUUAACGCGACGCCGAAGAGAACGUGCUAUGACCGUUCACCAAAGAACAAGAGAUCCCGUCGAUGCGAUAUCUCCAAUUAGUGAUAUCCGGCUUGCCCGUCCAAGGGACCCACUUACAUAUACAAAUUGAUCACAAUGGUAAACGCAUACAUACCCACGAAUCUUAUCCACGCAUACGUUAAUUCCUUUUAAACACGCUCACACACACUCUUAUAUAAUUGCGUAAUGUCUUUUGACCGUUGAUACUUAUUUGUCUUAGUCUAAAGGACGCGGAAAUUCGUCGGUCCCCUGGUCUUCGACAAUGUUCAGUUGCACUUUGUCUAUCUCGACUGCACUUAAGCGGUACGUGUUUCGUUUAUUUAAAAUUUGAGCUCGUAUUUUUUUACAUCGUACAUAAAUACACGUAUCGUGCCUCCUAAAAGAAAAAAA